AUGGGAAUGCUGCUGCUGCUGUCCCUUCGACAGGGAGUUUCCCUGUUCCUGACUUCCCCUCCCAAAGGCAAGAUGGUCUGGCCGAAACAUACUGCUUUUGCUACCUUCCCCAGUGAAAAUGCAGCUGUGAAGGCUUUGUCAAGACUGCAUCAGCUGAAACUUUUAGGUCACACCUUAGUUGUUGAAUUUGCGAAGGAGCAAGAUAGUGUGCAGGUACUUAGCCAGCCUUCUGUCUCAGAGAAGUGUAAAAGUUCAGAAGAACCAGUGAAAGAAGAAGAGAAGAAAGAACCGAGCUGUGUUAAAAUAGAGAAUGGAAUUGCACCCAACCAUGGCCUCACCUUUCCCAUCAAUUCUUGCCUCAAAUAUUUGUAUCCACCACCUUCAAGUACAAUUCUAGCAAAUAUAGCAAAUGCCUUGGCAAGUGUGCCCAAAUUUUAUGUCCAGGUACUUCAUCUUAUGAAUAAAAUGAAUCUUCCUCCACCUUUUGGACCAAUUACUGCUCGCCCUCCCAUGUAUGAAGAGUAUUUACCAGUGCCAGCGCCACCUCCCCCAAUCCCACCUCUGCCCCCUGAAGAGCCUCCGUUGCCUGAAGAGGAAGAAGAGCAACUAUCUAGUGGAGAUGAAUCAGAAUACGAAAGUGAUAAUGAGGAGGAAAAAGAGAGAAUGACCAAGUUGAUGGAAUUAGCAACCCUUCAGCCUAAAAGACCAAUAAACACAAAGAAGCGUGGUGUUAGAAAAAAGCAAAGAAUUAAAGACUUACUGAAUGUGCCCGUGUGUACUCCCCACAGUAAUUUGCACCCCACACUGUCACCUUCAGAUGUCUUUGAGCAGCCACAGCAUGUAGGUCAUAAAAAAAUUGAGUUCCACAUUACUACUGACAUCCCAGCUGUUCUUCAGAUAAACUCGGAAAAAGAAGAAAAAAAUGACCUUUAUGCAACCACCGAAGAGAUCAAUAAUACGGGCUUUGGAAGGAUUUUCCCAGCUCCUAGCUCAAAUGAUAAAAUGGAAACUGAAGAGGAGGAGGAUGAAAUACCAUCAGAAUUUAUUUCUAGAAGGGAUCUAGACAAAAACAGACUUUCUAGAGAAGAAAUGGAAAAAUUUUCUGUUUUCAAAAACUAUGAGCCAGGUGAUCCAAAUUGCAGGAUAUAUGUGAAGAAUUUAGCUAAACAAGUUCAAGAAAAGGAUCUCAAGUUCAUUUUUGGAAGAUAUGUUGACUUCCAGUCAGAAGUGGAACGAAACAUGUUUGAUAUCCGUUUGAUGAAAGAAGGCCGUAUGAAGGGACAGGCUUUCAUUGGACUUCCUAAUGAAAAAGCAGCUGCUAAAGCUCUAAAAGAAGCAAAUGGAUAUGUCUUAUUUGAAAAACCCAUGGUGGUUCAAUUUGCUCGUUCAGCUAGACCAAAACAGGACGCCAAUGAAGGGAAAAGAAAAAAGUAGAACACUGCACAAGAAACAUUCCUGCGUAAAUACUGCAGUAAUACUGUCAUGCAGAGUGUAUCCUUUCUUGUUGUAUCCUUUUUUUGUGCAAUGUUUCCC